UUGGUGCAGCACAGUAUCGAUACGGGUAACGCAGCUCCUGUGCGGCUCCAUCCGAGACGGCUUCCAUUAGCUAAACGGGCUAUCGCCGAGCAGACGCUGCGGGAGAUGGCCGACUCGGGCGUCAUAGAGCCAGCGUCCGGGCCGUGGUCUUCGCCGGUUGUGCUGGUGCGGAAGAAAGACGAGUCGUGGCGGUUUUGCGUGGAUUACCGGCGGUUAAACGAGGUAACGCGCAAAGAUUCUUAUCCGUUACCGCGAAUAGAUGAUGCGCUUGAACACGUUGCGGGCUCGGCGUGGUUUAGCUCGCUGGAUUUGCGUAGCGGGUAUUGGCAGGUAGAACUCGCACCGAAGGCACGUCCUAAAACGGCGUUCUCGAUCGGACAGGGGUUGUGGCAAUUCCGGCGCAUGCCGUUCGGCCUAUGUAACGCUCCAGCUACGUUCGAACGGUUGAUGGAGAAAGUGUUGGCCGAUAUUCCUCGCAAUCGGUGUGUCGUCUACCUGGACGAUUUACUGGUGCACGGCAAGGAGUUUGAGGUUGCGCUAGCUAACUUACGGGAGGUAUUUCUAGCUAUCCAGCGGGCGAAUUUGCGGCUAAAUUCCAAAAAGUGCCAGUUGUUGCGGCAGGAGACUGUCUUUCUGGGACACGUGAUUAGCGCUCAAGAGAUUGCCACCGAUCCAGCCAAAAUUGCUGCGGUACAGAAUUGGCCUGAACCGGUAAAUGUGUCGCAGCUACGCACCUUUCUCGGGUUAGCCUCGUACUAUCGCCGGUUCGUAAAGAAUUUUGCCACGAUCGCCAGCCCGCUACACGAGCUCACAAGAAAGAACCAGCCGUUUCGUUGGGACUGGGUGCACGCGCGAGCGUUCACCCAGUUACGGGAAGCUCUGGUUACGUCGCCUGUUCUAGAAUAUCCGGACGCGUCCCGUAUGUUUAUCCUCGACAGGGACGCAAGCGAUGUAGUGCUGGGGGCCGUCCUGUCUCAGGUGUCCGAGGGCAAAGAGCGUGCUAUCGCCUACUUCAGCCGCGCGUUGUCUGGACCGGAGAAGAACUACUGCGUCACGCGGCGCGAGCUGUUGGCGGUCGUCGCGGCUCUUAAGCAUUUUAGGCCGUAUUUAUAUGGGCAGUCUUUCUUGCUGCGGACCGAUCACGCUUCGUUAGUUUGGCUGCUUAGCUUUAAAGAGCCUGAAGGGCAGUUAGCGCGCUGGCUCGAGCGGUUGCAAGAUUACGAUUUUAUUGUUCAGCACCGAGCGGGGAAACUGCAUGCUAACGCCGAUGCUUUGUCCCGCCGGCCGUGUAGCAACGAGCGCUGUCAGCACUGCGAGAGGGUAGAAGCGUGCGCGGGCGAUUGCGACGUCGAGCACUUUUCGAACCCCGUGAGUCAGAACAGUCUUCCUGCGCAGUCCUCCGGAGCCCCCGUCGGUAACCAGCCGUCCAAGCCGGCGUGCAGCCGAGUUACUGCGGUGCCUAAACCAUCGCCUAUAGCCGUUGCGCCGGUGCCGCAGCUGGACUGUGAACAGUUAAUCGCUGAGCAGGAGAAGGACCCGGCACUGCAGCAGGUAUUAGGUUGGGUUAAAGCGGGCCGGAGACCGGAGUAUAACGCUGUCGCCCACCUGGGCCUAGAGGUGGACAUUCUCGGGCCGUUUCCCAUUUCCGAUCGCGGGAACCGGUAUGUGCUGGUGGCCAUGGACUACUUCACCAAGUGGCCGGAGGCAUUUGCCGUUCCUGACCAAAGCGCUUCCACCACGGCUCGAGUGCUGGUGGAUGAAGUGUUCAGCCGGUUCGGCGCCCCGGAGCGGUUGCACAGCGAUCAGGGGCGUAACUUCGAGGCGGAGGUGUUUGCGGCGGUGUGUGAGCGCCUCGGGGUGAAAAAGACCCACACCACGCCCCUUCAUCCGCAGAGUGACGGCCUCGUGGAGCGUUUCAACCGGACACUCACUACCCAGCUCGCCGUGCUUACCAGCGCCCGGCAGAAGGAUUGGGACGAACAUCUGCCCCUCGUGCUGUGGGCCUAUCGCACCGCAGUGCAGGAAUCCUCACAGCUGACGCCAGCGGCGUUAAUGUUCGAAUUAGUCCACGAAUUAGCACGCCUAACUGAGGCACUCAAAGAUGAGCUGGUCUCCCAAGAGCUACCUUCGUCUCUCCAGGGACUCCUGGGUCCUCCACCAAGAUUUUCCCCUCGACCCUCUUCUUCACGAGCCGACACCCAGGAUGAACCCAUGCAACUGGACAAAACGAGAGAUGACGACGUCCAGUGGAAGGGGCUUGUUUUUACUGCGGGAAAUCGGUUCACCAACUCAAGAACUGUCCAGCAAAAGGAGCUGGGAGCACUAGAGGGCGUGACUCCAAGAAGGCUCCCAGACCAACGCUGCCUGCUCCCUGUUUUCGAACAGCGCACCAACGUGGUACAGGCACUAGUUGACUUAGGAUCAGACCACAAACUUAUUAACGCCAAGGCUCUGGGUAUCCCUGCACUGCCUUUGGAGACUUACCUCAGGGUUCAGGCCCUCGACGGGAGCCCGCUCCCAUCUAUCACCCACAGAACCCCUCUCGUUAGUCUCAGGAUCUCAGGCAACCUUACGCUACGAUAG